UAUGUUUAUUAAAGCCCAAAAUAUUUUGUUCGCGUCAAAACUCAAAACCCUAAGCGCCGUAACAUUAGGUUUAUAUCUUCUUUGUUUCUCCUCAGCUCAUCGUCCCCACUCACUAUCCUCCAACCAUGGCCGUCGGUAAGAACAAGAGGAUCUCCAAGGGAAGAAAGGGAGGCAAGAAGAAGAUUGUUGAUCCUUUCUCCAAGAAGGAUUGGUAUGAUAUCAAGGCUCCCUCUAGCUUCACUCACAGAAAUGUCGGAAAGACACUUGUUUCCAGAACUCAGGGUACCAAGAUUGCGUCAGAGGGUUUGAAACACAGAGUCUUUGAGGUUUCUCUGGCUGAUCUUAACAAGGAUGAGGACCAAGCUUACAGGAAGAUCCGUCUUAGAGCUGAAGAUGUCCAGGGCAGGAAUGUCUUGACCCAGUUCUGGGGCAUGGACUUCACAACCGACAAACUCAGGUCCUUGGUUAAGAAGUGGCAGACUUUGAUCGAGUCUCAUGUCGAUGUCAAGACCACAGACAACUACACACUGAGGCUUUUCUGCAUUGCCUUCACCAAGAGACGUGCUAACCAAGUUAAGAGAACUUGCUAUGCUCAGUCUAGCCAGAUCCGUCAGAUUCGUAGCAAGAUGAGGGAGAUUAUGAUCAAGGAAGCUUCGUCUUGUGACCUCAAGGAGCUUGUUGCCAAGUUUAUUCCAGAAUCUAUUGGGAAGGAUAUUGAGAAGGCAACUCAGGGUAUCUACCCUCUUCAGAAUGUCUUCAUCCGUAAAGUCAAGAUCCUCAAGGCUCCCAAGUUCGACCUUGGAAAGCUUAUGGAGGUUCACGGAGACUACACAGCAGAGGAUGUUGGUGUGAAGGUAGACAGGCCGGCUGAUGAGGUUGUCGAGGAACCUACUGAGAUUAUUGGAGCGUAAGAGAGGUUUUUGAAGAAAUGUUAAAAAACCGAGAGAUCGUUGUUUCAUCUAAAACUUAAUGCUUUUGUCUCAUUUCACUCUUUUGAUCCUCAGCUUCUAUUUUGAUGUAUUGAUGACUUUUCUUUAUAUAAACUUGAGUUUUGGAUAA